GGCGGUGGCCGCGCGGGGCUGACGCCGGGAAAGAGGGGACCCGGCGGGUCGGGGAGCGGUGGCGUGGCGUAAUGGGCCCCUGCCACCAGCUUCGCUGAGACUCUCUCGCGUGGGCUGCUCUUGGCCGGUCUGCAGUGGCUGCGGCGGCAUGAAGGGCGCUCUGGGGAGCCCCGUGGCCGCGGCGGCCGCAGGCGCCGCGAUGCAAGAGAGUUUCGGCUGCGUCGUAGCCAACCGCUUCCACCAACUGCUGGACGACGAGUCGGACCCGUUCGACAUCCUGCGCGAGGCCGAGCGCAGACGCCAGCAGCAGCUGCAGCGCAAAAGGCGAGACGAGGUGGUGGCGGCCGGGACCGGGGCCGGGGCUGGUAACCGCGGCGGCAGGAGCCCGGCCGGGGCCUCGGGCCACAGACCUGGCGCGGCCGGUGGCCGGCGGGAGUCCCAGAAGGAACGCAAAGGCCUCCCGGCUCCUGGCGCGCAGCAGCCAGACAGCCCCGGAGGCGGCCCGCAGACACCUGGCCAUAAGCGAGCUCCCAGAAGAGGAGAGCAGCAAGGAUGGAGUGAUAGCCGGGGGACAGAGGUGACACAGGAUCGAGCAGAACGGAGAUCCUACAGGGACUUUCCACCCUGUGAGACUGAGAGGCAGGCGGACUCUACACCCGAGAAGUUUACAGAUGAAAAACCAGUUGACCGGUUUGAUCGAGACAGACCACUGAGAGGACGUGGAGGCCCGAGAGGGGGCCUGCGGAGCAGAGGCAGAGGUGGUCCUGGGAACAGACCUUUUGACCGUUUUGACCAGAGAGGGAAACGGGAAUUUGAGAGAUAUGGUGGGAAUGAUAAAAUAGCAAUCAGAACUGAAGACAACAUGGGUGGAUGUGGAGUUCGCACCUGGGGAUCAGGUAAAGAUACCAGUGAUGUGGAGCCAUCUGCACCUGCAGAGGAGCCCCCCAUGGUGGAGGAGCCCCCAGACCCCCUGGAGGAAGGGUCUCCAGCCAAAGUUCCUGAAUUGGAGGUAGAAGAAGAAACUCAAGUUCAAGAGAUGACCCUAGAUGAGUGGAAAACUCUUCAAGAACAGACCAGACCAAAGCCUGAAUUUAACAUCCGGAAACCUGAGACCUCUGUCCCUUCCAAAGCAGUGGUGAUCCACAAGUCUAAAUAUAGAGAUGAUAUGGUAAAGAAUGACUGUGAGGAUGACACCCACGUUUUCCGGAAAGCAGCCAAUGACAUCACAUCCCAGCUGGAGAUUAAUUUUGGUAACCUCCCUCGUCCUGGGCGUGGAGCCAGAGGUGGCACACGGGGCAGCCGGGGAAGGAUCAGGAGGGCAGAGAACUAUGGACCCAGAGCAGAAGUGGUGAUGCAAGAAGUUGCUCCAAACCCGGACGACCCUGAAGACUUUCCUGCUCUGGCUUGAGAGUCCUAUUUCCCUGGCAACUCAGAACACUGGCACACCUGGGAAGAGACUUUUCUUGCUACAGGGAAGAGACUCAGACUCUAACACAAUAGAUGCUGCUUCUCCCCCUUCAGUGUGAAUUCGUUGCACUUUGUGGUCUGGGGUGGGGGAGACGGAUUUUUCCACAUACUCAGAGCUACAGCUUCAGUCAGGGGUUAGUCUGGCACUUCCCAAGAAGGUGGAGAAUGGGGAUUAUUUUUUUAUUGAAGGACUCCCAAAUGAAGUUUAAAAAUAAUGUUUGAACUCUGUACAUAGAGACUGUAAAAUAGAAUCUAUUGAGUCUACUCAGUAAGUUGUGUAGACACUGGAAGGCUGUGCCCCUCAGUACUAGAGGAAAUACAUAUAACUUGGAUCGUUAACUUAAAGCAGUCACAGCUUAGUUUUCAGAGACCAAGAAAUUAAAAUACAAUUGUAUUUACUAUUUACUUGUAAAUGUUACGCUCUCCCAGGAUUUGUUGAGUUCUGGUUUUCAUUUAACCACCAAUUUUAAACAGCUAUUGUGCAGCCACUGGUCACCACUCUGGGACAGACAAUUACGGCACGUUUUGGUCUAAUAGUUUCAACUGCCUCAUAGUUUCUGUGUGCAUACACAGCACAUGUCUGGUGUAAGUGUGCAUAUUUAGUGUUUGGGCGGAUUUUAGAUGAGUAUUAAGUAUUUGAUUUUUAAAAUCGCGUUAUUUGACCCACCAAAUGAAAAGGGUUCCAGGUGGGAGUGUUGCACCUUCAUACCAGCUGCUUUUCUCCCUCGAAACUGGAGUCCAAAUUCAGCACCUCUGUACAAAGGCCCUCUGUCCUUAUCCCAGGCAAGACUUGUAAAUGACUAUUAUUUAUUGAACACCUACAGUUUUUCUCAGUCCUUGUGCCAAUUCGGGUUCCUGUUUCUUUCCUUUGGUGAAUGUCUGGGGCUAGGGGCAACCGCAGAGGUUCAGUAACUCCCCGGGUCCCUGUGAGGUUUAGUGCCAGGCAUGGCGGCUGGGGCAGAGGCAGCUGUCAGGGCUGCUGGGAGCUCGGGUGAUGCUCUCCCCGCCUGACUGCACAGCCAUGGGUAACAUUUGCCUGUUGUCACACAGUUCAUGUGCUGGUGUUAGAAUUUGAGCCUUGGUUCUAGAAUCAGGUCUUUUUCCUCCUCUGCUAUACUGUCUAAGAUGGCUCUAAACUGAACUGAAGUGUAAAUAAAGGUUGGUAUUCCUUCCGAA